GUCGUCGAAUGCAAGAUGUUGGUGACCUCUGCGGCAGAAUCUGCCAGAUCAGCUCGCAACGUUAGUUUGGUUAGUUUUAGUCUUGGCCUUGGAGUUCUAAUAAUCUCUCUGCUCGGCGAGCGUUGCUUGGGCGUUAUAAAUGCUCUAGAUCUUCAAUAUGCAGUCAUUGCAAGUGUGUGUUACUUGGCAGUCGUGUUGGUUCUGCUAAUGUUUAUGUUUAGAGGCCCUUCUUUCCAGAUUGCAAUUAGAGCAUGUUUUUUAGGUGUUGUAUUCGCCUUAGGAGUCAUCGUCACUUUGCUGGCUGUUUCAAAUUGGACUGUGUUUGGAUGGUACCUGUGCGUGUUGAGCUUUUUCCAUUUCUCAGAAUAUGUAUGUACGUCACUUUAUAAUGCCAAAAGUCUGUCCCUACAGUCCUUCCUAUUAGACCAUAGCCUAGCAUACCAUAUCGCAGCCAUGGCUAGCUGGGUGGAGUACACUUUACAGGCAGUUCUUCUCCCUGGCAUGAAGCAAUGCAUAUGGGUUAGUGGUAGUGGUUUAGCACUGUGUAUAGUCGGUGAAUUCUUACGUAAACUGGCCAUGUUUACGGCCGGAAAGAGUUUUAACCACAACAUACAGUAUAGAAAAGAUGAGAGUCAUGUGUUAGUGACGCAAGGCAUCUAUGCAUGGUGUCGGCAUCCUUCGUAUGUUGGGUGGUUUUUGUGGAGUGUUGGAACGCAGCUCAUUCUCUGUAAUCCGCUGUGUUUCAUUGCAUACAUAUUGGCUUCUUGGCAGUUCUUCAAUGAACGAAUUCAAGACGAAGAAAUGCUGUUAAUUAAUUUUUUUGGGGAACAUUAUAUCGAUUACCAGGAUAGAGUAUGUACAGGUUUACCUUUCAUACAUGGUUAUAAAAUGCAUGCAAGAUGCUGAUACCAAAUAUGGCAAUGCAGUUUGAAAUGUUACUAUGGUACCAUAUAUGGCAAUACACAUUGAAAUGUUACUAUGGUACCAUAUAUUGCAAUGCACAUU